CGGUAGGUUUCAAAGAGAGGUUUUUCGUCAAAGUUAUGACUUCGAUUUAAUAAGCCGCGUAACAGAUCAAACAAAAGGCUUAUUUGCGCGGUUGAGCAAGAAAAGAAGAAUAGGUGAAGAGCCCAGAUUUUUGUUUAACCAGUCCUGUUUGGUUUCCGUCCAAACCUUUGUGUACACUGAGGUGACUCCACGAACUUUCAUCAGGUUAGUCGACGACAUGAAGCUCGUUUGGGCGCUUCUCCUCCUCAGAUUGGCAAACGCCAAAGCAGAAUUGGUCUGUAAUUCCCUAAAAGUAAACACGAGCAGUGUCAAAAUCCAAGGAGCUAAGCCGUGCCUUCUCGAAUUCGAAAAAGUCUGGCCGGACGCCUGCCGUAUCAAAGCACAAGCUAUGGGCCAGAUAACAUUAUCUUCACCAUCUGCGGAAACGGCAGUAGACAAUUCGACUAAAAUACCUCUGAAAUUUACGUCGACUCAUUUGAAAAUUAGGAGCAAGAACGAUACUGGAUAUUCCCUAAUACUCACACAGGAACGUUGCGAUUGCAAGUCAGUCGAGAGUCUUUACUACUCGUCGAAGCUCAACGGAUCAGAAAGGAGUUGUUACCGUAUCGAAAAGAAUUCUUCAUCCGUAUGCCAUCUGGAACUGAGAGUGUUGGACGACGACUGCACAGGAUCACUGGAAAUCAACGGGACCACGUACAUCACCGGCUGCUUGACAAGCACAAAAAGGCUUGAAUUCUCUCGGGGAAAUAGAAUUUAUUUGAUAUUCUACGGCUUCAAUGGUAAGGUUAAGUGGAGACAAAUCGCCUGCCAGAACACGACGAGCCACAACCUUGUAAACCUUCUUCAGCUACCUUUCGACCCGUCUGGACGCUGUUCGUUUGUGUACGAUACCGAAGAGUUCACCUUAAAAGCUCCGCAAACCCCCGGAGAGUGUACUUUCAGGGUGGUGAAGUCCAGGGCGUCCGUGUGCCGCCUCCGCAUGCUGUUUUUCUGGUUCGACUUGGGCUACGGCAGGUUCGGACGAUGCGAAGGCGGAUUUCUGGAAGUGGACGGGUACAGGUUUUGCGGUUGCCAAUCCGGACUCCUUUGGACCACCGGUUCUUUAACUUUCAGGGGCGAUCAGGCAAUUCUCCGGUAUGUUAGUCAAUAUCCUGGAAGCAAUAUGGUCAUUAAGGUCACUCAGGAAGACUGCUACACUCCUCGUACGAGGUUCAAGAGAUUUACAUUCAAAGGGGAAUGCCGCCCGUUGGGUAAUCCGUCCCUAGAUUUUCCAGACCACUUCAACGACGUGAGAGAAUGUGAACACGAGGACAAGUGCACGGUUAUUACUUCCAAACAAGGACAGAUCAGUUCCGUCAGGUAUCCUGUCGCCUACCCAGGAGAAAUAUGUUUCAGAUUUUCAGGCAUUGGAUGCUAUACCCUACUGAAGUUUGAUGACUUUGACCUGCCCUACUCACCACAGUGCAGUUUAGAUUAUUUAGUUAUUAAUGAAACAAAGUACUGUGGAAAUAGUCUUUACGGAUUUUCUGCGAGAGUGGGAUCGGGAGAAAUAACUGCCAGAAUCACCGGACAUGGCGGAAGAGGCUUUCUAGCGACCUACGCCCAGGUUGAAUGUCCGGAGGAAGAAGAAACAGAAACGAUCACGACUGGGAAACCCGAUACUGAAGAUACCUCGGAAAGCAGCGGCAGAGAAGCCGAUGUCAGUUGUCGAAAAACCUUCCAUGAGAAAGAAUUCCUCAUAGAAAGACCCGACCCCAGAGGAUGCGUUUACAUAUUGAAAAAAUACAACAAAGACGUCUGCGGUCUUGAAAUAGAGGUUUCCGGAUUCGAUGUCCCGUGUGGGAAAGAGACCCUGCACCUUGAUAGACAAUAUUACUGCGGUAGAAUCCCCAAAGAGACUUUUUACCUCGCCUUCACCGGGGACGACAUCGUCAUAGAACACGUGGUUUCUGAUUCUUCAGAAGGCAGGGGGAAGUUCACGAUAAAAGGACGGCAGCAAGACUGUGCUUUUAACGCGGAGGAAACAGAGGAACGAGUCUCAAACUGCGUGAGUCAGCUCAAAGGUGAUAACGGCGUUGCAACUGCCCCAUCGCUUUUCCCGAGGCCGCCGCAGGACCUGGAUUGCGCCUAUCAAAUUUUCCCGUUGCCAGGGAAAUGCUCGGUCCGACUGGAGUUCGGACAGGUCGACAUAGGAAUAAGCGAAGGAUGUUCUCGCCAUUAUUUAAAAAUAGGAAAUAGAAAAUACUGCGGACACUCGCUCUCAGAUACCAGCAAAGUGCUGAAAUUUUCUCCGGACAAAUCCCCGCUUGAGCUUAGAUACAGGAUUGGAAAAGACUUGCCAUUUUUGGACUGGAUUUUCAAAUAUUCGCAGUUGUCUUGUUAAAGCCAAUUUCUUUUAACGUACCACUGUAAAACAAAUAAAGUUUUUUUGUACCCGAAA